AUGAAGGAGCGGAUCCUGAUAGUUGGUGGAACAGGAAGGAUAGGGACGGCUGUGGCGUCUCACCUCAUCAAGAGAGCUCAAGGCAGUCAGACAGACAUCGUCCUCGCUGGUAGAGACUCGAGGAAAGGAGAGGCUGCGGUGCGUGAGGUAAUGGCGGACAUUGGCCGGAGUGAAACUUUUGAACCUUGCGUCUCCUUCCAACGGCUGGACUGGCGCGACGAGAUCGAACUGAACAACGUGAUGCAACGCGGCUGGACGUCUGUCAUCAACACGGCUGGGCCCUUUCUUGGGAUCCGCCCGAGCAUCCUGCAAGCUGCGAUCAAGCAUAAGAUCCCCUCCUACGUCGAUGUUGCCGAUCCCACGAGCUACCUUGCGGACGCUCUUGCGCUAGAUGAUGCGGCUCGUUCAGCUGGCACCUGCGCGGUAGUUGCAGGAGGUGCGUUUCCUGGUCUGUCAAACUUGAUUGCAAUGGAAGCUGUGGAGCAGCUGCAGCUGGAAGAGAGUGGAGGACGAGUGCAGGACCUGAACUUCGACUACUUCACCGCAGGGCUGGGAGGGAGCGGAGAGGUCAAUCUUUUGAUCACCAACCUUGGCUUUGGAGAGGAGGUCGAGGUCUUUCAGCAAGGCGUUCUCAGCCCCAUUCUCAGAGCUGGGUUGGACCAGAAGCAGGUAGACUUCUUCUUUGACGAGGAGGACGCGAGCAAGGCCAAGAUUGGGACGGUGAACACUUGGUUGUGGCCCUUCCCCGAGGGGAGGACUGUAGCCGAACAGGUGGAGGUAGCAGGAGGCUCGCGGGUAGCGAUGGGAACCGCCCCUGAUAUAUGGAAUGUUGUGAUGAACCUGCUGGUCCGCCUAAUCCCCCGAUCUUGGUGGAAGCAGGAGAAUUUCUCGCAAGCCCUUGCGACCUUCUCGAAGCCCCUCGUUGCCUUCACGGACAUGUUCGUCGGAGAGACUCACGGGAUCAGGGUCGAGGCGACGAGCACAAGCGGGAAGACAAUCGUCUGCAUUCAAGCGCACGAGAGUUUUCGAACGUGUGUGGGUCAAUCAUGCGCUGAGUUUCUUCUGCACCUCAACAGGAGGAGGAGGGAGGACCCGCAGCAUCAAGACGGAGUGUUUCUCCCCGAGCGAUUGUGCCAGAGCUCGCAGGAGCGAAAGAGCUUGCUGAAGGCGAUGACGUCGACGCCGGGAACUUUGACGUACCGUUACAAACAGACGGCCUGA